AUGGACCCAUUCACGAAAUCUGCUCUUCAAUACAUAAGAGACCAUCCUGAACUUGGAGUCUGGGACAUUGCUUUCAAAAUCGAGUUUCAAGACCCAGUCAAUUUCCUAACUGGGUUGACUGACCGCUUAAAAGAAGUUGCCAGUGACAGUUCAUUUUACAAUUACUUGGCCUUUGUCCAGUCGUCUGGCUAUGGGAAGACGAGAUCUAUUUGUGAACUUGCAUCAAAGAUCCCUCUCAUAUAUGUGUGUUUUCGUAGUACAGGUUCAACCAGUUACCCACCGGCAACUCUGAUGAGCAACAUUAUACUGUAUGAAUUAGAUCUGUUCUCGAAACCUGCAGACUUACUAAGUAACAAGAAUUUAGCAGCCGAUUUCUGGGACGAUGUUUAUGUUAAUAAAAAGAAGAUUGCUGAGAGUCAGAUUUCUGGAGAAAAGUUGGGUUUGAGUGCGAACGAACGAAAAAUACAUAUCCUCUUUGAUGAAGCUUCUGUUUUAUUUGAUAAAACUAAUACUGAAGAAGAAGACAUACCAUUUAGGGCUGUUCGUCAAGCGCUCAUGGAUAAUGGCUUUUAUGUAGUUGGGAUCUUAACUGACACAAACUCUAUUAUUGUCAAUUUGGCACCCCGGAAAGAAAUAGAUCCUUCGGCAAGAGAGUAUAACUUCCAAAUGCACAAACCAUUCAUCUACAUAGCGACAACAGAUUGCCUGAGGAACGUGAACAGAAUCCCACAGAUAGAACAUGUUUCAGGAUACGAUAUUAUCCGGUUUGGUCGACCACUCUGGAGUUCUUACUGGCUGGCAGCAUUUGAGGAUACCUAUAAGUUUGGCACAGUGGUGCAGCUUGCAAUACACAAACUCCUUGGUGGGGCAUCUGCCUGGAGUCAAAUUAAAAUUGAUAAUAUAAAGCGAACGGCAGCUCUCACUCUAAUUGGCUGCACCGCCGACCUCUCUGUCUCCCCAACCUCAAGCGAAGCAUCAGAUCUUGUUAAGGCGCAUAUGGGUACACUUGUCGCCAUUGAUAAAGAACGAAAGAGGCAUCUUGUCACGUAUCCAUCGGAACCAGUGCUUUCGGAAGCCGCACUUGAAGUGCUUUCUAUGGAAAAUAGUGAACUUGAAGUUCUGAGAGAACUGGAUGAAACCUUUAAUUUUGGUGGUAUUCUGGAGGUGGGAUGCCAGGGCGAGCUGGUCAAAAGGGUGUCAUUUUCGGUCCGUCGGCCGGUCCUCGACUUUCUCGAUGAACUUAUUGUGAAUUUUCCAAGGGAGAAGUUUUCACAGCUCGAAGGUUUUAGAAUAGGAUUUUCACAUUUCAUUUCCCUUAACUACGAGCCGGAUAAGGAAACUUGGGAGGGGAUAUGGAGCCAGCGUGGAGCCAUUUUUUUCAAACACAAUCAAAAGGACGCAGAUUUAGCGAUACCAAUUAUUUGUGAAAGCAAUAAUGCUUUGAGUGCUUUGAUUCUUCAGAUUGGGAAUCACAUCAGCGCAAAACAAAAUCGAUUUGAAGGGACAGAUGCUGUCGAGACGCUGUUAUUACCAGAAGUGAUGUUUGCUGAUGAUUGUUAUGCUGAUAUUGAGAAGAAUUAUCUGGGGUCUGCUUACGAAGACGGAUCUGGGAUAACUGUGAGGAAUUAUGAGAAUCGCAAGCUACUUGAAGAAUUUGAUUCUGGAAAUUGUCUCAUUAUCCAUGGCUUGAAUGCCUUCAAACUUGAUGACAACCACAAGAGCAUUUUUAAAAAUCUUUUACGUAGUUGGAAUGACUCAAGUCGGCUUUGUGAUACAGACAUGGAAAGGGAAUAUUUGUAUCAGCUGCUACCUUGUGUUUAUUCAGGCUUUUGUUAG